AGGAUAUGCAACAAGGCUUUAUUUAUUAAUAGCAUCAAAGCCUUCCUAGUAAUAAAAGCAUGUGAUACAGCAAAAUCGAUCAACAGCACUUGCCCUUUCUGCUCGGUUUUGGAGGUUCAAAGACAUGAAGCCGCCAGCUUCAAUUGUGCCAUCACUCACGACGACCAAAUGCUGCAAAAUUUCGAACAUCUUGAUUAAUUUACAGGAAAGCCAAAAGGAUAUAAAAUAAUAUAUCACGAAGGAGGAUCGAUCAAAUUCAGGACGCUGAAUCGUCCUUCCGUCCUUGUUAUCUGAAUUGUCCUUAAGGUCUGGUUGUACCAUGUUAUCAUAGUCCUAUCUUAAUCGCCUCCCUCUCAAUCGCUUCGUUGGCUAAUUUCAACUUCUCCGUCAAUGAAUACCUUUCAGAAGCAAUCCUCCUGAGCACACCUGCGGACACUGACUCUCCCCGCUCAAAAGCUUCUAUUGUGAGCCAGAAAACCUCAUCUUCCAGAACCUCCAUCUGCUCAUGUAUUUCAAGAAGCAUGCACCCUGCUUCUUCAUUGUAUAUUUCCAAUUUUGUCGCAAAGUCCACAUCUGCUAGCCACCAAUCAAUUAUAGAUGUUUCGAUACCGUCUCUGACAAGAGCCGAACAGUUUCUUCCUGAGUUCACACAAAGCUGACCAGCAAAAUAUUGCACUGGCGCUCUGGCUCCAAAGCAUCGACCAAUUGCUGCAAAAUAAAGGCCUCUAUCAAAAUUUCCCAAAUUCUUGGUGCCAUCCCACAUGCCUUGCUCUAAAGAGGAUGUAUCGUCGGCUUCGAGAUCGAUAUAUCGCUCAAUACCACGGUCUAGAAGAACGCGAAGGGACACAACGUGGGCGACAUACUCCUCGUUAAUUUCCCAGUCGAAUAAAUAUUCGGAUCUGAAGAGAUCUUUGUCCUCCGGCCAGACCAAAUCCGCCGCUGAAUGGUAGGGUGCUGGUACUUCUGAAUGCGGAACAUAGAUCAAAGCGAUCCAGACAUCUUCUGCCCUCUCCUCUCUAUGCUUACAUCUGCGCAAUGCACCACUAAUUGUUCUGGAGAGCUUGUCGCUGACUGACACAAGAGCUGUCGGUUCUGGUUCAUCCUUGUGCUUGUGGUGAUCGUUGAACUCUUGGUAGCGCUCUUUAAAUGACAGCUCUCUGCGGUGAGCUAGGCCUUUGCCACAAACUAGACCGCCAGCGCUGCUGUGUGACCAAAAUCUCGAGAAGAACUUCCCUUCGACACUGGACAUUGCGUUGACUCUGUAAUGGUACUCUCGAUUGCUGGUUGAGGUUGGAGACUUCCCCAGUACCCUCUGAGGACUUCCGGGGGUAGAGAGAGGAUGAUUGUCGUGAUGUACAAUUCUUUGAUGUGUUUUGCACAACCUGUGCGGCUCGAGUUGGUGCUCUUGUAGUGUAAUGGGUAAGAAGGAAGACGUGGUCUGGAAUUGCCUACUGUACUGAGUAUUUUGAUCGUGAUUUUCGACGUGCGACAAGAAAACGAGACGAGGUUACGAACAUGGGAAAUCUAGGCAGCGAGCUCACGGCAAUGAGGGGAGUAGAAUGCCAGAGUGUUGUAUAAAUAGGAGAGUUGCAGCCUGGGGAAUCAGCUGACAUGGGCAAAAAUGAUGACGUUCCCGCUUACAAUGGAAUGAAUAACUUACGUCUCGACUAUGCCUUCAACAACUACUAUCUGGACCACUUUGGACUGGGCCAUCAAAGAGAAAAACCGAUACGUCCAAUCUGGCCGAUGAAUGGAAGACUUCGCAGGUCCGUCAUUGUCUUUCCUACAAAAGCCUGGCAUGCCUCUUGAAUCGCAGGGCUCGAGGGGCGGGAAUCGUAGCACUUACUCAUCAGUGCACUUGUAAACGGUGUCAGCUCAUCUCAGUUUGGUAUCUCGUGCUGCACCAACGAUCAUUUCACAGCCCGGAUACCCUGUGCCAGGCCAAGGAAGAUAGAUUGGGAAGUUCCCUCUUUCACGUCUCAUCGCGAAAAGUCGCGGUCUCCAUCCAGCGCGUCUACCCGGGCUUGGACCCACACAAGCUUUGGCUGAGACACAUCAUCUCUGACCUGUCAACAUCGAAACAGCAACAAGACUAUUCAAAAGAAUUCAUAGACUAUUCACAGCACAUUUUCUGUCUCCUUUGGAUCCUGAACUUUUGCUUCGCUUCGGCCAGCUUUCCGUUCAUCUUAUGAAAAGCCAACAAGCGUGGUGGACUGCCAAGUAGUUUCAAUCGUGACAGAGAUCCGGCAUCAUCUCCUCGUUGGACCGGGGCAGCAUGGACGCUUGCCGCGAAAUGGGAUCUUGGGGGUUCCAGCAGGUCGGAUCAGGACAGGAGAACAAUCCACUUGAUCUUGAUACCGCUGUGCCGCUCAGGGUAGGCUCGAUGUGACCACUCGUGCCAGGCUGAUGAGGUAGGGGUCUUGCUUUUUGUUGCUCGACGCGUUUGUAGAGCUUCCUUUCUCUAUUCGUGUUUCUUUGUCCCUCUUUUCUCCUGUCCUAGAAGUGUUCGAUAUACGGAGACAACGUCCAAUUUGAGCAACGAAAUGGCGAGAACAAAUCCUACAGUGAAGUCAUCUUCGAGGAAGCGGUGCAGCACAAGUGUCGUGACUCAAACUCCACAAAGGGAUCCCCAUCCCAUACUUCCUCCGACGCCAGAGUGGAAGAAAGCCCGCGCUGCAUCCGAAGCACGGAAGCAGUUGAAGAGGUCAAGAACUUCAAUUGAGGAUUCUAGUGCGAGUAGCCAGAGCGAGUCCAUCCGAUACAGGAGGAUACUACCGCCUCGUCCGAACUACAUAUUUCCAUGCAGACAGACACGAUCUCUCGAUCCGCCUUCUAUUGUGCCUCAAGUCGAAGAUGUAUCUCCAAUGUGUAAUAGUCAACCAGACGAGAACACAGAACAAGAUGAACUCGAUACAUGGUCACCCAAACGGCUACGAUCUCGGAGCUCUCAGGUUGGACAAGGCAUGUACACUGAACGAGAGGAUGACAGCAUGGACGACUCGGAUGGAAGUUCAGAAGAUAACGAGAGCAUUGUAGAUGCAGAACCAUUGGAAGAGAAAGAGUACGACGUGGAAGCGAUAGAUGGCGAAAGAAUUGCUCCUGGCGUACACGAGUACUGGAUCCGCUGGGUCGGCUACCUUGAGCGGACCUGGACUGCCUCCACAGACUGCUUUUGUCCUGACUUGAUCGCGGAUCUGCGUGCUGUGCAGGGCGCGGAUCUUAGGGCGGCCAAGUUUUCAGGAAGAGAAGAAGAGGCUGACGUUUUGCAACGACUAAGAUAUGCGGCGCGAACCAGAGCAGAAGAUGACAAGUCCAAGCGAGCUACAAAGUCACACGAUGCACACGACGGCCGAUUCCAGGAGGUACUUUCUCAACCGAUCAUGGACAGCGUGGAACACUCUGAAUCUUCAGGUGACGAACAUGAUAUCAAAAGCGAGCCUGACCUCCCACGAGAUGCUCGAGCAAACACCGCCUGGCGAAGACUUGGCUCUACUGAGAGAGACCUGACGAACAGCUCGCAAUACAUAACAUGGUAUCGCUCCGAGCCGAUAGAUGUCGAUCAGCACGUCUCCCAGAAGAGUAAAAUCGAGCUGGUGGAGGCAUGGAGAGCAGAUACCGUGAGUACUGAGAUGGAGGGUUUGGAUGACGGAUGGGAUAGCCCUGAAGCUGCACUCCCACAAGCAAGGAUAGAUCAGAAGCUUGAUGUUGACAUGCAAUAUACAGCAGCACAUGACAGCCAGAGUUCUGGUGGCCUGCCUUCUCCGCUAUCUGCGAGCUCGAGUUCUUCUGCACACAGCCAUGGUCACCCAGCAACAGCGACAAUUGGAACUAGCACCACGACCCAUACUUCAGAUGAAUUCGGAAGUGACGCAUAUGAAAGCACGAGCACUGCACCCCAACAGGCAGAGCGGAACGCAGCAGAAAGCGAACUUCGCUCGAUAUCUCUCUUCAUAAAGGAAGCCGUGGAUAUAGGCCACGGAGACUUAGCUGCUCGAGCCAUCUUAGGUGCCCGCAGCAAUACGCCCAUCAAAGACGAAGCGGAAGAAGCACGCAAACAACGCAAACGCAAUUCCGAAAGAAAAGUUCAACGUCUUCUGGACGAUGCCUCAUUCGCCGCAGCUCCCACUCCUCUCUCCCCUCCCCCUAGGUGGCUGCAUGAUGCAUCGGAUAGUAGGACGUCCAAUCAUUCCACGAGUGCUAGCAAGAAAGAUCUGCUCAGAACCAUGCGCGAAGAUGCAGCACGAGUCGAGUCGAUCAAGAAGGUCAAUUUGAAUACUUCACGUCGUCAGCUAGAUUCCACCAGCCCAAGAUCGGUCCAAGAGGUGGUGCGACAUGCGAAAGUCCUCGCGGUUCAAAUGUUGGGGCCGUCACAAACCCACCAGCAAUUGAAUAUGGAGACUCGGAGCGCUAUUUCGGGAUGAGAUGGACAUGACUGGGAAAUUUGCGCUGUGUAGGUAAUUUGGAGAAUUCUUACGAGCAUUGGGAGUGUGUUUGAUAUCGAGGAGUUUUGGCGGAACUGGCGUUUAGCGAGGAAUGGUG